GAUUGCUCUCAACGCCAGAUAAUCUCCGCUCUUUCGAGUCAACUCCCAUCAGCUUCAAGCUGCUCAAACAACAAUGCUUUACCGACAAACCGCUGCGCGCUCUGCUCUCAGGGCCUUCUCGAGCUCCAAUGCCUCCGUGGCCCGCUCAUCGUUGGUGAACAAUGUGUUCAAGGCUCAGUUGACUUCUUCCGCUCGCUCUCCCGCCCGCCCGAGCGUGUCGUCAAGCCUAGCUCUCUCUGCUCAGAAGCCCGUCACCACCGCCCUCGUCCGAUACGCCUCUACGGGAACGAAGACCGUUCCUCAGAAGAGCGAUGAGGAUAUUGAUGUCAUGGCUGGUAUCAAGGGUGAUGCUAAAAUCAUCAAGGAGACUUUCAGCCUUGAGGGCGUUCCCAAGGACGCUCUUUACCUCGGUAUUGCUGGUGUGGUUCCAUACCUCGCUACUUCCUUGGAGACUGUGUACCUCUCCUACGAGAUUAGCCGUGCUAACGCUACCGGUGAUGGUCUGAUCUUCUCCGGCCAGAGCGCCGAGAUGAUGCUGCACAUGCUUGAGCACGUCCAGGUCGGAUACGGUGCUGUGAUCCUCUCCUUCCUCGGAGCUGUCCACUGGGGUCUCGAGUGGGCUGGAUACGGCGGUCGCACUGGCUACAGGCGCUACGCUGCCGGUGUCAUUGCCCCCGCCGUGGCCUGGCCUACUCUGCUGCUCCCCGUUGAGCACGCCCUUAUCACCCAGUUCCUUGCCUUCACCUUCCUCUACUACAACGACGCUCGUGCUUCCAUCAAGGGCCUUGCCCCCAAGUGGUACAGCAUGUACCGUUUCGUCCUGACCUUCAUCGUCGGUGCCAGCAUUGUCGCCACUCUCGUGGGCCGCGAGCAGAUCUCCGGCAUCGUCACCAAGGAGCACAACAUCACCGACAAGGUCAAUGCGCUCCUCUACCUCCAGAAGAAGGAGAAGGAGGAGGCUGCUGCUGCCGCCAAGGCUGCGCAGGAGGAAGAGUCCGAGUAAAUGCAUUGUCGUAUAGGUGCGUACCCUUCUAUGAAGGGGUUUCUGGAUAUACGGGGAUUGCGGCUGGCUAUACCAGUGGCAAGGUGUGACAGUAUAAAGAUGUCUUAGUCCCUUUUUCUUUGUCAUACUCGAGUUUUCUGUAGAUUACGUGGAAUCAACCCAGUGCAAC